AUGUCGAUGAGUCUUCUCGGCAGCACCGCAGAUUCCCAUUCUCUUUCCGUCGGGCCAGGGCCAAGCAACCCAAGCUCACCGACCCGCCAGCAGAAGCUACGCCAACCGUCCCUAUCGCGAAUACCGUCAUCUUCAAGUCUCCUCGGACCAGCAGCAGGAUUGAAACGUCGCGGCUCGAAAUCCAGCAUCAGCAGUCUCUACUCAUUCCAGAGCGGCGCUCUACGUGACAGAGAACGCAACCAGCAGAAACAAUUCGAGCCAACAUACCGCCUACAGCCGACGACUCAGUUCCCGACGAACGUCGUACGAGACAUCAUUGAGUCAACCUUCACUGAGCAUUUGUCCGAUCUACAGUACGACCCCAACACGUGCAGGCAGAUGAGCAAGACGCUGAGUGAAAUAAUUAAGGCACGCGUGAAGAAACUAGGCCUGAAGCGGUAUCGGUUUGUUGUGCUCGUGCAUCUUGGUCAGCUCAGGGGGCAAGGGCUGAGGAUUGCCAGUCGUUGUCUUUGGGAUGUGGAAGUUGAUAGUGAAGCCACGUGGAGUAUGAAGAAUAAUUCGCUGUUUGCUGUUGGAACAGUGUUUGGCAUUUAUUAUCACUAG